AUGAACAAUUAUACCACUAAAAUGUUUUACUCAAAAAAUAAAGUAGACAUAAGUAACUUGGCUAACAGCCAAGAGAAAUUGAAUGAAUCCUAUAUGUAUGUCAAAAAAUUAAGUGCUCAGAAAUUUCCUAAAAUUAUGUACAACAGUGAAGUUAAUAAGUUUCCGUUGCAUAACAUGGGUAAGAGUUCAAUUUUAACUGAGAGAAAUAAUAGAGGUAUGGAAAAUAGCUGUUAUAAAAAUACUUAUCUAUUAAAUAACAUGUUGAUAAGAAAGAAGAGUAUAAAUGAACAUAAUGACUUUAAAGAUAAACCAGUCUUAUUUGAUGGUAAAGCAGGAAAUGUAAUUAAAUUAUAUGAAAUGAGCCCAGUAAUUCAAUGUAAAAAUGCAAAUUGCUCAAAUGAAAAUAAAAAGCCUUUAAAUAGGAGUUGCAUUAAUGAGGAAAAUUGCACACUGAGCAAAACAGAAGUAAAUACACAAAAAAAAAAAAUUUUGAAAAGUAAGACAAAUACUUUCAUAAGUUGUAGGAAUAAUUUGAAGGUAAAGGAUGCUUUAAAUCAAAAAAAAAAUUAUUUAAUGACGGAUAUUUCUGAAUAUAAUUCUGAAAAUACUCAAAAUGAUGAAAAAUUAUUUGGUAAAAGAUAUUUUACACACAAUGAUCAAUUUAUGUACGAUUUAAAAAAUAAUAACUCUUCAUGUAAAUAUGAGAACGUUUCCAAAAGAUCUGUUCCCAAUUUUUUUUUUUUUUUAAACAAGAAAAAUACAAUGAAUAAUAUGAAUAAAGAUACGAAAUUAAAUAAUGAUGAUACGAACAUAUUUGUUCAAAAUUCGGAUGAUGAAGCACAAGAUAGGAAUCAAGUAAUUAUGGAUGACGAUAAAUCAAAUAAAAAUAAUUUUCAUCAAGCGAGACAAAUCUCUCUUAUUAUGUGUAAUGGAAAUGAUGUAGACGAUUUAUGUGUAGAAGACAACAGAUGCAAUAAUGUGCUACGAAAUUGGAGGAAGGAUAAAAACAAUAUAAGCAGCAUAGGGAAAACAAAUUUUUUAGUAAAAGAGAAUAGCAAUUCUAAGAUAAUAAAUGUUAAACCACUUAAGGAUAGUAGUGAUGGAUUAUAUAUGUAUAAAAAUAAAUAUGUAAGUGAACGUAGAUACAAUGAAAAAUUAAUGGAACAAAAAAAUAUCUUUAAUGCAUAUGAAAGUAGGUUAGGUGAUAACACUAACAUUUUUCUUAAAAGGAGAAAUGAUAAGCUCAACACUUUUAAUUGUUUAAGUGGAAGUAUUAGGGAUCUGAGUGAGAAGAACAUCGUACAUUCUUAUAGAGGAAACUCAUCCCCCUUUAGUAAUUAUGUCAAAACAGUAAAUUCAAAAAGGAUAUGCAGCAAUAUUACUGAUAAAAGUAGUGCAAGGUAUAUAUAUCCACUUAGCACAGUUGUUCGUGCGGAGCUUCAUGAAACUACCCAAAUCCCCAUCUCAAAAAGUGUGAGAGGUAUUAUUCGAAAUUUGUCAAUUAACGAAAAAAUGAAAAACGUUACAAGAUCAUGCAGUGAUGCAAACAUAGUCCAUAGAUGCAUUGAAGGUGGAGGCAAUUAUAUGAAUCGUUGUCGAAUGGAAAAAGAGGAAAAUAAUCAAAAUGGAAUGGAGAAGUGUAAGGAUGAGAGUAAUAUCAUAAUGGAGCAUCAUGCAAGAGAAAGGAAGGACAUAACGAAGGUGUGCGAGGGUGAAAAUCCACUUGUAAAAGGUAGGUAUGAAGGAGAAAGUUAUCUUGUAGGAGACGAGAACGAGGGAAAAAGCAAAAAUGACUCAGUUAGAACAAAAGAAACAGGAAAUCAUAGCGAACUCAACAGAAACAAACCUGAUAAUAUGGACACUAAAAAUAAAAGCACUCGUAACAUAUCACCAAAAAGUGUGAACACAUCAGGUAGUGUAUGUAUCAGCGAAACAUGUAGUAGUGAAAGAAGUUAUGAAAAAUAUGGCAUAAAAAUAAAGAAAAAUCAUACUGAUAGUAUUAUAAAUAAAGGGGGUAGUAUUACAACACAAAGCGAUGAUUUUAUAAAAAGUAAUCAGUUUUUAAAAAGAAAGGAAAAAAAAUUGCUAUAUAGAGAAGAAAUCAAUUUUAUAGAGGGACUAAGUAGAAACCGAAUAAAAGAGUUAAAGAAAGUUUUAAAAAAGUUGAAUAAUGCUAAGGGAUAUAAAUUUAAUAUUGAUAAAUUUCUUCUUCAGGAAAACGGCUAUGAGAAAAUUAUAAAACAGAAGGAGCAGUAUGCUGUUGUAGAGAAUAAUACACACUAUUCUAAAAAUGAACAAGUAAAAGUAGAUGCUGAUAUGGGGGUAUACGAUGGUGAUGUAAGCCAUCACACUAAUGCGGAUAUAAGUACGCAUACAGGUGACGAAUUAAAAGGGGAAACCGAAAAAGGACUAUGUUCGAAGGAGGAUAUUAAUAGUAGAAAUGGUAAGGAUUACUAUAUCAAUGAGGCAUGUAAAGGGAACUUCCAACAUGGUGAAGUGAUAAAUUUGAACGGUUCAAAGAAUGAAAAGACCUCGUUAGAAUUCCUUUAUAAGAUAAAAAGAAGCUUAAACGUUCUUGACUUAUCUUUUAACGAAUUAAUUAAACUAGACAAGGUAAAAAAUAUCUUUUGGUAUUUAUAUAUAAAACAUGUAUUGAAAUGUAGGGGUGAUAAUGUUACAGAUUUUUGUGAGUAUUUAAAAAACAAAAUAGAUGAAAAGAUGAAUAAACAUUAUUUUAUAGAAUAUGUGAACUAUAAAAAUUUUCAAACAUUUAGUAAAUCAAACUUUGAAAGGUUUGAAUAUAAAAUGAAGAUACUAGGAAUUUUAUUUUAUUUACUAAAGUCCUAUCCACUAGAUUAUGAUGAAAAUAAAGGAUGUUUUUAUAUGUUGGAUCCACAAAAGAACAAAAUGUUGAAAAGUGUAAAAUGUAACAUUAUGAAAAAUAAACUGAAUCACGUCAAAUUAAUAAAGGAAGUGAAUGAAAACUUUAAAAAUAAUUUUUUCUUUUUAGACAAAAUAUUUAUUCCGAAAGAUGCUUUUUUUUUUGUUAAAGAUUCACAAGAUAUUGUGUUAAGAGAUAAGUCCAAUAAAAAAAUGCAUAUACACCAAGCUUUAGUAAAUGAUUUGAAAGAGGAUAUAAAGGAAAAAACGGUGUUUGACAGUUUGUAUGCUUCUUACCCUCCUUUUAAAUCGGACUACUACAGAUAUAUACAAAAAAAAAGAAUACAGAAUAAAAUUAGGAAGCUUAAGGAAUACAUACUAUAUUAUUAUGAUUUCAACUCUGUGCAAGACUUUUUUGAAACGUUGAUUAUAUUUGACCAGGAGUACCACAAAAUUCCAAAAGUUAGUAAUACUUCAGAUAGCAGUUCACAUAACAUUACAUCUAGUUCUUUGCCUAAAAUUUCACGUACUAAUUGCAUAGCACUUUUUAAUCUCACAAAAAAGGUAUAUGGUGCAUACUGUAAGUUUUGUGUUGAAGGACAUAAAGACUUCUUAAAAGAUAAGCAGACAAACAAUGAUGAAAUAAGGAAAAGUGUACUCAACCGAGAUGAACAGAAAGGUGAGAUUUUGACAAUUGUUGAGGGGUUAAAGCAAAAGGAACACAAUAAUAAAUGCAUUACAAAUAUAGACAGAGUAAGAACUAAUAAAAAUGGAGAAAAUGAAAAAAGUUCACAAUUUUUUCAAAAAAGGAGUAACUCUACAAGUAUAUCUGGGAGUAGUUCGAGAGAUUAUCAAUGUUUACUAAAAUGCAAGAGGGAGGAGGAAAGAAAAUUAAGAGAGGGAAAAUACUCAGAUGAGAAUGACAACUAUGAGAAAGAUAAAGCAAAUAAGAUAAAUGUACCAGGGAACGACGAAUUACAUAAUGGUAUUAAUAGAAACGAUAAAUGCAAGUAUAAUAAUAGUGCUAGUGAUGAUACAUAUGAUAGUAGUGAUAAAUGCGAGAAAAGUAAUGUAGAAGAACCAUAUAGAAAUAUGUCGUCCAACUGUUUUAACAAAAGGUGUAAUAAAAAGGAAAAUGUAAUUGAAGAGACUUCGUCAACAUAUGAAGAGUUCUUUCAUAUGAAUGACAAUGAGAAAAAAGUUAAGGAAGUAAAUUUUAAAACUUUGAAAUUAUUUCUUGAAAAUUUAGGGAAAAUAAAAGGAUAUCCAAAUUUCACAUCAAUUGAUGAAUGCUUUUUGGGUAUAUGUUUUUGCGACCCGGAUAUACCUAAGCAUUUAUUUAUUCAAAAAAGGAUACUACCAAAAAAUAUGAAUUUCAACGGUUUUAUGAACUGUAUGAGAUACGUUCCAUAUGUUAUACCUGACUUUCCUUUGUCCACAAGUUAUUUCAUGUCAACAUAUAAUAGUACUAAUAGUAGUAGUGAUAGUAAUAGUAGUAGUAGUAUUAGUGGUGAGGACAUAUUUAACUCAAGAAAUGCUUUUUUAAAAGUAUUAAAAUAUAGAGGAAAGAAAAAUAAUAUGAUUGAACUGAGAAAUAAAAUUGUGUUAGAUAUAGUAAAAAUAUUUGUUUUAAUAUCAUGGGCAUUUGGUGUCGAUACGGGGCAGUACAAUAAGUUGGUUGACAUUCCUUCUGAUAAGGUGGUUGAUAUGGUUGCUUCUUCGUACUACAUAAAUUAUAAGUAUCAUUUGAAAAAAAGUAGAGAACACAUAAAAUGCAAUGACAACAUACUAUCUUCUAAUAGUCUUUCGGAUUAUUUGUCUAGUAGUGAAGAAGACACGAAGAGUAAUGAGCACAAAGACAUUUCAAAUGGUGGAAAAAAGGAAUACAAUAAUGGAGGAAAAGGCCAAAUAAAAAAUGAAAAGAUGUAUAAGCAAAGUUCUACCUCAUAUAAGGGAAAUACGAAUGUAUUUUCGAAAAGUGCUCAGAUGAUUAUGCCUUGUGAUAUUUCUAGACGACACGAAGAAAGAGGCAAUAGAACCUUUUCAGGUAAUAACCACGAAAGUAAUAAAAUAAAUUACAGCGGUAUGGUCAAUAAAAAUUGCCUAUUUGAGGAAUCCCUAAUGAGGGGGAAAAAAAAAAUGAGCUACAAGUUGGUACCUAAAUGGCACAUGUCAAAUGAUAUAUUUUUAUCAAGAUUAGUAUCUUAUGAUGAGAUACAAAUAUCUCUUCACAAAAUAUACCCUUUGUUUAUUAUACAAACAGCGUUAAUAUAUAUGGUUCAUAUAUCGUGUUGUUUAUUAAGUGAAGAAGAAUGGAGGUACUUUUUUGAAAAACCUUUUACCCUAUAUAAUAAAUUAACCCCAGAAGAUAUUGCUCUUAGAUAUAUCAAAUUAAAAGGGUACAAAUUCUUCAAAUUAAGUAGCAUACAGAAAAAUAAAAAUAUUGAUAUACAUCAUGUUUUUAUGAACGUACCCGAAAAUAUGCAAUGUCAGGAAAUUUAUAAAUUGGCUAUUAAUGGAGAAAGUACCUCCUGCGGAUAUUUAGCUGAACCGUUUGAUAUUUAUCAUUUAAUGUUUAUUUCUAAAGUUUUCUGGUACAUUUUCUUAUACUCGGACAACUUCCUCAUUUUACGAUCGUCUUUAUUUUGGAAUAAAGGCAAAUAUGUAACUUAA